AUGGCAGACGUAAUAAAUGCAAACCCUACCGUGCUGGAUGCAAGCUUGCUGCCGACACGGCAUGGUGCAAUAGUGGAAAAGGACGAAGAAUCAGUAGUGCAUCAGGAACUCACUGAGCUCUCGCUCGAUGGAAUAACAUAUACGGAUAGCGAGGGCGAAUCCGAAGACGAGGGCUUUGAUGCUCAGGAGAUCUAUGAUUUGAUUUCGACAAUAUCUGACCCCGAACAUCCGCUCACACUUGGGCAGCUAGCUGUCGUCAAUCUCUCAGACAUCAAAGUUAUCGAUCCCCAGGAUAAGAAUCAGAUAGGAGAAGUGAUAGUCCGCAUAACGCCAACAAUCACACACUGCUCUUUGGCCACCCUCAUCGGGCUUGGAAUCAGAGUUAGGCUGGAGCGUUGUUUGCCUCCAAGAUUCAGAAUACUGGUCUUAUUGAAGGAAGGAAGCCAUCAGAGCGAAAACCAAGUGAAUAAACAGCUAAAUGACAAAGAAAGAGUUAGCGCCGCCUGCGAGAAUGAUCAGCUGCUGAAGGUGAUCAGCCAUAUGCUGGCUACCUGCGCAUGA